UCAUCACCCGAUCGAAAUCAACAUGGUGGUCGACAUGGAGCUGCAAGAAGCUAAAGACGCUGUAUUUGCGCUGAUAAAAGAAAAGGACAAGAUCGAAUCCGAUCUGCGAGCGCUGAAGGAAGUCUUGGACAACAAUCAUGUCGGUAUGAGCGAACCACUGGUGGAUACCGAAGGAUAUCCCAGACAGGAUAUCGACGUUUAUCAAGUGAGACGUACAAGACACGACAUAAUAUGUCUUACAAAUGAUCACAAGGCUCUGAUGACAAAGAUCGAGGAAGGUUUACACAAAAUUCACGCUCUAACGGGAUCAAACGACGCACAACAGGGUAUAAUUGAUGCGCCAAAUAGUCGGGAGACAGAAACGUCGGAACCUUUUCUCAGGGUGAAUCUAAUAUCACCUGGUUCACCGGCAGAAAGCGCAGGGCUUCAAGUGGGAGAUCUCAUAUUAGAAUUCGGAUCGAUUCGUUACCGAAACUUUAAAGCUUUAACAGAUAUUAAGAGGUUGGCAGAGAACAGCAGAUAUAAGGCAAUUAACGUAAAGAUUAAACGCAAAUCUGACAUAAUGAUUUUGACCUUAACCCCGCAUCCUUGGGUUGGUGAAGGUCUUUUGGGUUGCAAUGUAAUUCCUCUUGAAGCAAUUGAAAGAUAAAGCUACAACGGAGCAACGAUAUAGAUACAAAGCUAACAAGAUUUUCAUAUGUACCUGUCUUAUUUAAUAUCAAUAAACCUAGUAUCUUCGUAAACUAU